UGCAAUUGUUUAACGAUACUGUUUAGCUAUUUUACAUUAACAUGCCUGUGUGUGUAUUAUGGGCGUAGUCACUGCAGUAGAAAAGGCAGUUUGAAGUGUUUAAACUCAUUAAGACGCCCAGAGUAAUGUUGUAAUUUUAGGGGCGUGUCGUCACAGGACUUUGACUGUGAAGAUGUCAAUCAUUGUCAUUAGUAGAUAGUCAGGGGUUAGCUGGGUGCGUCAAACAGCGGCAAUAAGCGGCGGGAUUCUCGGUAUCUCUAGUCAACUCGAUGGAAUUCCAUAAAGUUAACUCUUUCGAAACUUUUAGAGAGGUGUGGAGCCAUUACGGCUACGGAGAAAAUUUGGUGGACCUGCGUCAGCGAGAGUUCGCUCGAAUUAAAGACACCGUGUAUCUGGAUCAUGCAGCAACUACUCUGUACCCACAAUCUCUGGUCACCGAUUACUGCCAGGAUAUGUCAAGGAACCUGUAUGGGAAUCCUCACAGCCACAACCCCAGCAGCAGGUUAACACACGACACCGUGGAGAGGGUCAGGUACAGGAUAUUGCAGCAUUUCAACACCACCCCCGAGGACUACUCUGUGAUUUUCACUUCAGGCUGUACAGCCGCUCUCAAAUUAGCAGCAGAGGGCUUCCCCUGGAGGCCGCAGACGGAGAGUGAGGCAGGCAGUCACUUCUGCUACCUUACUGACAACCAUACAUCUGUUGUUGGCAUAAGAGGACUAACAUCUGACUGGGGAGUAGUUAUCCUUCCGGUCUACCCCCAGGAAGUGGAAAAUAGGGCAAAAGAUAAGACUCGAGGUGAAAAUGCGGUUUGUCAAACGCCACAUCUCUUCUGCUACCCAGCGCAGAGCAACUUCUCAGGGAGGAAGUAUCCCCUUAGCUAUGUAAAAGGCAUCAAGGCACGGCAUCUUUACCCAGCGUGUGACCAUCAAGGCCAAUGGUUUGUGCUGCUAGAUGCAGCCUCGCUUGUCAGCUGUUCCCCACUAAACCUCCAAGACUGCCCUGCUGAUUUUCUUCCCAUCUCCUUCUACAAGAUAUUUGGCUUUCCCACAGGUCUGGGGGCCCUUCUUGUCCGCAACCAUGCAGCAGACAUGCUAAAAAAGACUUACUUUGGGGGAGGCACGGCAGCGGCUUACCUUUCUGGGGAAGAUUUUUACGUGCAGGCUGCAAAUGUUUUUGACAGAUUUGAAGAUGGCACUGUCUCAUUCUUGGACAUUGUUGCUCUCAACCAUAGCUUUGAAACUCUCUACAGGAUCACCGGGUGCAUGCGAAACAUAGAGCAGCACACCUUUGGCUUGGCACGCUACACUUACAUGCUUCUGUCAAGUCUUUGCCAUGGCAACAGGCGACCAGUGGCCCAGAUGUACACACAAGGCCAGUUUGAGAGUCCGAGCACACAGGGCGCAAUCCUAAACUUCAACCUCAUGGACUCUCAUGGAAAAAUAAUUGGGUAUUCUCAGGUGGAUAGAAUGGCAAGUUUGUACAACAUCCAUGUGCGUACUGGUUGCUUCUGCAACACCGGAGCUUGUCAGAGCUUCCUGGGGAUUGCAAAUCAACAGAUGCGGAGAAACCUACAGGCCGGCCACGUCUGCGGAGACACCAUUGACUUGGUGGAUGGGCAGCCAACCGGAUCUGUUCGCGUGUCCUUUGGCUACAUGUCAACAUUUGAGGACUGUCAAAAGUUCCUGAGCUUUGUUGCUGAGUGCUUUGUGGAGAAACCAGUGACAGUGGACCAGGCAAGACUAGAGAGGCUUAUAGCAGCUGGAGCAUCAAAUGAGGAGACUACAGUCAAUAUCACUGAAGUAACACACAAAGCCCAAGAAAAGAAGCAAAUUACAGAAUCCUCACAAAGUGGAUUUGAAUCUAUACUUCCAGACAGCCAAGAAGGAGCUUAUACAUUGACAAACAUUUACAUAUAUCCCAUCAAAUCGUGUGGCGCGUUUGAGGUCCACAACUGGCCAGUAGGAAGUCUGGGAUUACUAUAUGACAGAGUCUGGAUGGUGGUAAAUGGAAACGGUGUGUACCUGAGUCAGAAAAGAGAACUACGUUUAUGCCUUAUUCGCCCACAAGUCCAUCUAUCUUCAAAGGAGUUGCUCUUGCAGGCAUCGGGGAUGGAUACCAUUUCAGUUCCACUGGAAAUCAGAACUGGAAUAGACGCAAGGUAUCCAGUCUGUCAGAGUAAAGUUUGUGGUGAUAGAGUGAAGACGGUGGACUGUGGUGAUGAAGCUGCAUCAUGGCUUUCAGAGUUUCUUGGACAGCCAUGCCGCCUGAUAAGACAAAGUCCUGAUUUCACUCGAGGCAUGAAAAAGACAUCUGAUGGAGCCAUCACCUCCCCGCUGCUCUCCCUGGUGAAUGAGGCUCAGUAUCUCAUGAUCAAUCGUGCCAGUGUGGAGCUCAUUCACAAAGUAAUGAGCAGCAGGCGAGACAAUUCCGAGCUUGACUUUGAAAACAUCAUCAGUCGCUUCCGAGCCAAUUUUGUCAUUGCAGGGGUUGAACCAUUUGAAGAGGACGGUUGGUCACACUUGAUUAUUGGCAACAUUCGGUUCAUGGUGAGCUGACACUUUGAGAUAACGUGGUGAAGUUUUUUCAUGUGUCAGAAGCGGAUUCUUGUGUUGCAUGUGCUGUAAUGUGCGUCUUGUUUGGGGAAUUAAAAGGUCAAAGGUCCAUGUUUACGUUGCCAAAUGGUUGGAAUCGACCAGGACACAGGGAGCAAAACAAAAGAGCCUCUUAUGUCUCUCUCAAUUCAUCGCAGGGGAAAGGUGACAUUUGGCGUGUACUUGACUCAUCAUCUGCCAGAAGGGUCCACUACAGC